UUCAUCAUUCACAGACGUCUGUGCCUCUACCCUACCCCUGCCCUGCCCUACCCUCUACCCUACCAUACCCUACAAUCACGAUUAAUUAAAGGUCAUAGUAUCGUUGUCGGAAAAUCACCUUACUUGCACAACAACUCCGACCAACAACAACAACAACAACAUCCAAAUCGGAUAGUCAAUGGUGAGAGUGAG